CCUGCGGAUUUGGACGCCUGGGCCGUGGAGCUGCAAGGCAGGGAGACAGAGUUGAAGCGACAAGAGGCCUUCUAUAAAGAGCAGUUGGCCCGCAUUGAGAGGAAGAAUGCAGAGAUCUACAAGCUGACAUCUGAGCAGUACCAGGAGGCAGCUACCAAGGCAGAGGAGUGGAUAAAGAGGAGGAACACUGAUCCUGUCUGUGCAAGCCUGCAGUCUGAAAUUCUGAAGUGCUACCAAGAAAACAAACGUGAAGUGCUCAAAUGCUCGGAGCUGGCUAAGGAGUAUCAGCGCUGUGUUAGUGCAGCUCAGAAG